AUGAAGUCCCAAACAGAGUUGUCUCAUGACCAUGUCACAAUUAACAUAGACAACAAGCUCUCCAAACUUCCUGAUGCCCAUCAAGAGCCCUUCAUCUUCAAAGUCUUCGAACGAUACCGAAAGCAGAACAAGAGAGCUUACGAGCCAGAGUUGCUAGCCAUCGGACCCUAUAACCGUAGCAAGACUGUCCUUAUCCAGACUAUGGAAGAGCACAAGCUCCGGUACCUUCAGUUGCUUCUAACUCGACGGGGAGAAUCUAGCGUAAAGAGGUACGUGGAAGCCAUUCGCGGCGACGAGGAAAAGGCGAGAAGAUGCUACGCUACCGUGUUUGGACUAGACAAGGACCAGUUCGUGGAAUUGUUGGUCGUGGAUGGUCUCUUUAUAGUCGAGCUUUGUAGGAAGUUCUCAGACGGGAACUUGGUGGAUAAGCAUGACAUGAUAUUCAAGUUGAAUUGGAUCCAUCACGUUUUAUGGCGCGAUAUGUUGCUGUUCGAGAAUCAAAUCCCGUUUUUCGUAGUGGAAAAGCUAUUCAAGAUGACGAGAAGCCAUGAAGAAGAAUCGGGUGAUCAUGAUUUGGUAGAUUUGUUAUUGAAUUAUUAUUGUUCGAUAAGGAAGUAUUAUCACUACCACACCAAGUCCUUGGGCAAUAACAAAUGGCUGCUGGAAUCCGUGAAACAUGUCAAGUCCCAAAAUCUGAAACACGUUCUCGCCCUCAUUCACCUUCUUACAACAAGUUCAUUCACCGAGGAUCCCUUGAACUACAACAAAAUCCAAGAUAACAAGGAGUUGAAGUGGGAAUUCAUUGCCAGCAUAACAGAGUUACACGAAACGGGUAUCAAGUUCAAGGCAAAGCACGAUUGUUGUUUAUUCAACGUGACGUUUGCAAACGGUACUCUUGAAAUUCCUCUCCUAACAAUCGAGGAGAAGACAGAAGGUUUGUUGAGGAACAUGAUCGCGUACGAGCAAUGCCAAGACGAAAAGAGGCCGAGGGUUAUAAACGACUACACAACCUUGUUGUAUUGUCUCAUUAAGUCAUCAAAGGAUGUUGGUUUGUUAAGAAAGUAUGGAAUUCUAAACAACUUGAUUGGGGACGAUGAGUCGGCCUCGAAGGUGGUCAGCGGCCUUUCUGGUUCGGUUUUUGUUUCCCACGAUGGUUUUUGCUAUAAAGAUGUUUUCAAUGGAGUGAAUGAGUAUUAUAGGCAGCGAAGACAUAUAUGGGCGGCUAAUCUAUCGAGGAAUUACUUUAACACUCCAUGGGCCAUAAUCUCUUUUAUUGCUGCUGUCGUGCUUCUCUUCUUAACCUUUACACAAACGUUAACAGCAGUUAUUCCUUUUUUUGGACAUUCCCCUCCUUCAUCCUAA